AUGGCUCUCCCCUUUCCCACCCGUCAACUCUACUACGACGGCCAAGUACGCCCCGCCACCUCGGGCAAAACCUUCCAAACCAUCAACCCGGCCACAGCAACCCCCCUCGCCGAUAUCCAGAUCGCCUCCCACGCCGACAUCGACGCGGCCAUCCAAGCCGCCGAUCGCGCAUUCUCCGUCUGGUCCAAAACCCCGUACAUUGCGCGCGCGCGCAUCUUGCAAAAAGCGGCGACUCUUCUACGUGAGCGCAACGAUGAAAUUGCGCGCGUGGAGACGCUUGACUCGGGCAAGGCGUUUACCGAGACGAGUACAGUGGACGUGGUGACGGGAGCGGAUGUGUUGGAGUAUUAUGCCAAUUACAUCGGGGGUGGGGGGCUGAACGGGGAGACGACGCAGUUGCGUGAGGAUGCGUGGGUGUAUACGAAGAAGGCACCGUUGGGGGUGUGUGUGGGGAUUGGGGCGUGGAAUUAUCCGAUUCAGAUUGCCCUCUGGAAAUCGGCCGUCUGCCUGGCCGCGGGAAAUACCAUGGUCUACAAACCCAGUGAAUUCACCCCUCUUCACGGCGAGACCCUCGCCCAGAUCUACACCGAGGCCGGAUUGCCCGCCGGAGUGUUCAAUGUGGUCAACGGCGCUGGCGACGUGGGCGCCUACUUGACCAGCCACCCCAGCGUCGCCAAAGUCUCCUUCACCGGCCAAGUCUCCACCGGCAUGAAGGUCGCCGGCUCCGCCGCCGGCAGCAUGAAGUAUGUGACCAUGGAACUCGGCGGUAAAAGUCCUCUGAUCAUCUGCCCGGACGCCGAGCUCGACAACGCCGUCGACGGCGCCAUGAUGGCCAACUUCUACAGCACGGGCCAAGUCUGCACCAACGGGACGAGAGUCUUUGUGCCACGGAACAUGAAGCAGCCCUUUGAGAAACGUCUACUGGAGAAACUUGCCUUUGUCCGCGCCGGUCCCCUCUUCGACGACCAGACCAAUUUCGGGCCCCUCAGUUCCGAAGUCCACUACAAAAAGGUGCUCGAAUACAUCCGCCACGGCAAAGACGUCGAUCGCGCCACCCUACUCGCCGGUGGCCUGGGCAAACCGGAGAAUCUACCCCACGACCUCCAAGCCGGGUACUGGGUGCGACCUACCGUCUUCACCGACUGCACGGAUGACAUGCGCAUCGUCAAGGAGGAAAUCUUCGGUCCCGUCAUGUCUAUCUUAUACUACGAUACCGUCGACGAGGCCGUCCGUCGCGCCAAUGCCACAGAGAUGGGUCUCGCAGCCGGCGUGUUCACCAAGGACCUGAAUCGCGCGCACCGCGUGAUCGACCAGCUGCAAGCAGGGAUUACGUGGGUGAAUACGUGGGGCGAGAGUCCCGCCGAAAUGGCCGUGGGUGGAUGGAAGAAGAGUGGUCUGGGAGUGGAAAACGGUCACAAGGGAAUUGAGUCCUGGGUACAGAAUAAGAGUACGCUGGUUGAUAUGAGCGGGGCGGUGGCCACGGUAUUUGCCAAGCUUUGA